AUGGCAGCCGAUGAAGUAAAACAGACGUCAGAGCAACAAAUGCGUACACUGCAAUUCAAUGACAAGGUGUCACGUCUUAACAGAGAGUUUAUUAGACAGCUACAGGAAUGGUAUAAGCAGUGCGCCCACUAUGAUUUCUCGAAUUCUGUCAAGUCCUAUCUGGAGCAUAUCAAGCGGCUGGAUGAAAUGUAUUCUGGAAAACCUACUCCAAAUAGUACCACAACAGUAGGGACACCUACAGCAUCAACAGGGCGAGUUAUUGCUAAGGCUAAGCGUCGAAUUGAGGGAACCACUCCUCGUAAUGAACUAAAUAAUUCGGUGAAAGUUUCGACGCCUUCCGGUGCUCCGCCACGUUUGAGUCUUGGCGAUGUCUCAGUUAUCAAACCGAAUUUGGACGCCACACUGACUGUUCCAACACCUAAGGCUUCCGAGUCUUCUGCAGCCAGUGAGCAUGCCAGCGGUAGUGGCGGUGGCGGUCGAAAGCGUGCGAUUCGUGGAGGAGGUCCUGCUGGAGGAGCUGAGACUGUCGUGUUCCGUGGCACUGAAAUAUCUAGUUCGAUUCAUCAACUGUAACCUUUGGUGCGAGCAAAAAAGAUGAGGGCAGUAAAGAGAAAAAUCAGUGCACGUUGAGUCCAACGUCUUCGAUAUCGUGUGGCGCGAAAAAGGCUGAAGAAGAUUCUGAGAAAAAGCCGGCUUUAUCUUUUCCGUCUUUCGGUUCCAAGAAAGAUAGUGAGGAAGCUGAGAAAAAACCUCAGCUAUCUUUUACGACAUUCGGCUCGAAACAGGAGGAGAAGACCAACUUUAUCGUUCCCGUCUUUUGGAAAUGCGAAGGACGAUAAGAAGGAGGGCGAGAAUAGGUUAGAAUAUUGGUUUCAAUUUUCUUGCUUGUAA